AUGAUGGAGCUUAAUCGUAGUUACGGAGUUGAAAACAAAAUUACUGCUGGAAAUAUUCAGCAUGAAUUUUGGCCAUUGGAUGUAAUAGAUCCAACAAAAGCAAAGUUCCCGUGUUGCAUUAUUUGGACACCUCUACCUGUAGUGUCAUGGUUGGCACCUUUCAUUGGACAUGUUGGCAUAUGCCUGGAGGACGGUACCAUUAUAGAUUUUUCGGGAUCCAACCUUGUUAACAUUGAUGAUUUUGCGUUUGGUUCUGUUGCCAGAUACCUUCAACUAGACCGAAAGCAGUGCUGCUUUCCUCCAAACCUCGCUGGACAUACAUGCAAGCAUCGCUACAAGCAUGCCGAGUACGGCUCUGCAAUCACCUGGGAUGAUGCCAUUCAGUCAGCUGUACGUAACUUUGAUCACAAAUCGUACAAUCUUUUCACUUGCAACUGCCACUCAUUCGUCGCAAAUUGCCUGAACCGGAUUUGCUAUGACGGAUCAAUGAGUUGGAACAUGAUAGAUGUUGCUGCUCUUAUAUUAUUCAAGGGGACAUGGGUUGAUAGCUUUUCUGUCUUAAGAUCAUUUUUACCUUUCAUGGUGGUGCUAUGCUUGGGUGUAUUCAUGGCUGGAUGGCCGUUUAUGAUUGGAUUAUUUUCCUUUUCACUUCUACUCAUUGGAUGGUUUUUGUUGGGCACAUAUUGUUUUAAAAACCUGUUAGAAUGUUAG